AUGCCUACCACCACAGACGACGUGUGUGACAAACUUGCUGCUGACUCCAGUCAUCGGUUCUCGACAGCAUCCUUCUAUCCGGGAGCUCCUCGCAACAGCAAGGAACAGGUGCUCGAUCACAUCAGCAGUGGCACUCCAAAAAAACGAGAGCAGGAAGUGUGGAAUAUAGUCGGGGACUAUUGUUGUGGCAAGAGGCAGUGGGAAGAGGCUGCAAAGUGUUACAAACUAGCUGGGAAUAAAAAGAAGCAUCAGGAAAUGGAAAGUAUCAUGGCUGAGGCUGAAAAGAAGCACAAGGAAAGAAUGAGGGUAGCAGCUGCAAAACAAAAGCGGUUACAGCAGGUGUGGAUUAUAGUCGGGGACUAUUGUCGGGAGAAGAGGCUGUGGGAGGAGGCUGUCACGUGUUACGAACUUGGUCAGGAUGGAGCUAAGAAGAGGUUGGCCAAGGACAUGGACAAAAUGAAAAUAAAGAUUCUUCGACAGCUUGAGGCAGUGAGGAAGAAGGUCCUGCAAGCAGCAAAACAGUUAGAACGACCCUGGUGCUGGAUUACAUGCUGCUGCUAA